AUGACCACUCCGGCGGGAUCCGGCAUGGGCUUCGGCGUGGUGUCCUGGUGGGGCCUGUCCCCGGCACUGGACCUGCAGGCUGAAAGUCCUCCUGUGGAUCCAAACUCCCGAGCUGAUACCGAGCACGGUAGCCCCGAGUUAGAUGUGCUGCUCUUGGGCUCCGUGGAUGGGCGGCACCUCUUGAGGACCCUGGCUCGGACGGAACUCUGGCCUCCCAGAAGGAUCAAUUUCUUUGUGUUGGAGCAUAACAUAGAGGCCGUGGCCCGACACAUACUCAUCUUCUGCCUGGCCCUGGAAGAAACAGAGAAGAUGGGGCUGCAAGAGCGCACCGAGGCCUUCCUGGAGGUGUGGGGCAACGCGCUGCUGCGCGCCCCGGUGGCCGCCUGGGUGCGCGCCCAGGCCGAGCGCCUGGCCCGCCUGGUCCCGGAGCCCGAGCGCAUGGCGGGCCGGCUGCCCUGGCUGCAGCUGGGCGCCCUCAAGUUCCGCGAGCGCGACGCCCUGGAGGCCGUGUUCCGCUUCUGGGCGGGCGGGGAGUCGGGGCCCGGGGCGACGCCCUUCCCGCUGCGCCGCCUCUGGGACGCCCGCCUGCGCCACUACCUGGGCGCCCGCUACGACGCGCGGAGCGGCGUCUGCGACUGGGACCUGCGCAUGAAGCUGCACGACCGCGGGGCCCGAGUCAUCCACAGCCGCGAGUACCGUCAGUGGAGGGACACGGGGGUGGCCUUCGAGCUCAGGGAUGCCAGCGCCUACCACGUGCCCAACCGGACCCUGGCAUCGGGGCGCCUCGUGACCCACUGCGGGGAGCGCGUGGCCGCGCGUGGGUACUGGGGGGACAUCGCCACGGGGCCCUUCGUGGCCUUUGGCAUCGAAGCGGACGACAAGAGCCUCCUGAAAACCAGCAACGGGCAGCCGGUCAAGACUUCAGGCCAGAUCACCCAGCACAACGUGACGGAGCUGUUCCACGCUGUGAUGGCCCAUGGGCGCCUCAGAGCCGCCCAGGGAGACCCGGAGCUGGAGCGAGGACCAGAGGACCCAAGCCCCGAGCCAGGUCCCCCUGUCGACUGCCCAGAGCCCUUCACGGUCCAUUUCCUGCCCCUGGGUUCCGCCCAGACCCUCCCACUCAAGACCUGCUACCAGGGCCGCUUCCAGCUUCUCUACAUGGCCUGCGGGAUGGUCCACCUGCUCACCCCUGAGCUCGGAGCCUGCGUGGCCCCCAGAGGCCACCUGACUGUGGAACUAGCCCAGUACAUGGUGGACCUGCGGCAGGAGCAGCUGCAAAAGUUCUCGGCCCGGGUUUCAGAGCUGGCUGCGGCUGCUGGAUUCACCCCAAGACCUGGGGCCGAGCCCUCGGAGACUUUCUCCCGUUUCUACAAGACUGAGGACUCAGCUCUGGAUGGAGUUUCCCCCGGCCCACCCUCAGAUGCCUUGACCACAGCCCUUGGGGACCAGGCCCUGCCCCCAGAAGCUCCGACUCCACCCUCUAGUGACCAGGCCUCACCCCCAGAAGGCCUGGCACCACCCCCUGGCAACCAGACUCCACCCCCAGAAAUCCUGGUCUCACCCUCUGAUGACAAGGCUCCACCCACAGAAGCCCUCACCCGCCCCUCUAGUGACCAAGCUCUACCCCCAGAAACCCUGACCCCAUCCCCAAGUAACCAGGCUCCCGCCCCAGAUGCCCUGACCCCACCCUCUGGGGACCAGGCCCAGUCUCUCGAGAGUCAAGCCUCCUCACCCUCAGCGCCCCUUCCGCCUCCCUCAGAGUCCCAGGCUUCCCUCUGCGAGGUCCUGUCAUUGGCCUCCACUCACAGGGCAUCAGACCCUCUUGCCAGUGAGUCUGACAGGAGCCCCAGAGACCCAGGGCCCCUCUAUAGCUUCUAAUGUCAACUCCUGGAACUAAGCCCCUUGGGCCUCUGAAGCUGCCUCUAGAGUUGUCGGUUUUGCUCUCAGAGCUCAGUCCUAGCGGCACCUGCGAGGCACAAGUAAAGAGA